AUGUCUUCAUCUUCACAAAACAUUCAGAGAAAACCUAAUGGAUUUGAUCAACGUGUGAAAAUUGAUGAAAGAUCACCAUUAAUUCCAGAAACUAACGUUGGCCCCGGUGUUCGACUGAAUGAUAUAAUUGAAAUAAAAACUUUUAGCGCUCGUGAAGCAAUUUAUCUUCUCAAAAAGGCGUUUCCUGCCCUUUGGGCGUUUUUGUUUCUACAAGCUUUACAAGGCUAUACGUCAGGAAACCCGAAAAUGGCUGGUAUUUACACGCAACGAGCAAUUAUAAUAAUGAUGCUUGGAUUCAUACCUAUAGGAAUUAUUUGGCUGGUAUCUGAAAAUAUUUUGAUUAAUUUGGGACAAGAUGCAGAAUUAUCACAUUAUGCGGCCUUCAAAGAUUGGUCAACAUUCAUGAAACUUGCAUUACCAGGGAUGUUAACAUCAUGCGCUGAUUGGUGGAUUUAUGAACUUAUUGCAUUAUUUGCAGGUUAUUUUGGAAGUGUAUCUUUAGCAAGUCAUCGAUUAAUUCUUACAAUUGCGCUGAUAUUAUAUCAGAUACCACAUAGUUUAGCUGUAGCAGCUUCAAACAGGGUUGGUAAUUUACUGGGUGCUGGUCUACCAAAUAGAGCGACAAUAGCUACAAAUACUUCACUCAUACUUGCUGUCAUUGGUAGUGGCGUUCUUCGUGGGCAAGGUCGAUUAAAAACGGUUGCCGCAAUAUUUCUUCCAGCCUUUUAUUUAAUUGGUUUACCUUUAGGUCUUAUGUCUGCAUUUGAAUUUAAUAUGGGUUUAAAAGGACUUUGGUCAGGCGUUACUUGUGCUUCUAUAUGCAUGUCCAUCGGAAUAGUUUUAGCUGUAUCAAUGACUGAUUGGAGUUGGGAAGUUGAAGAAUGUCACCGAAGAGUUAAAAAUGAAUUAAUCGAUGAAGACGUAGGUGAAUUAUGA